ACUGGUGGCAGGUGUGUGGUGCGCACCAGUCGGCGACCAGCUAUCAGCGAGCGUCGUCGCCUGUAUUCUGUUCUUACUGUUCACGUUUUGUUCACGUACGCGUGUGUUGUUUGCAAAAUGUUGCCGAUCAUUAUCCCUCUAGUCCUUUGUCUUGCAACAAGUGCGAACUCACUGCGAGAUAGAAUGACAAUACCGAGUUACUCGGCUGCCUCCGAGUCUCAGAUCAGAUUCGCUAUUGAGAACAACUACGACGACACAGGUCCCGGGGCGAAGGGCCCAGAGUCCGCCUACAACACAUACAGCACUCUAGAAGAAGCACUCGUCAGCUACAUCGAUGACCCCGACACUAAACUACCUGAAAGCGAAAGAAUGAAAGCAAUCCUCAGACUCAUCAACACACCGAAAGAUUACGAAAGAUACAAUCCAAACCAAGCUAUACGCGAACUCCCUAAAAGCGUGGCGGAGUACACUGGGUACAGGAAUAUCCCGACGAUAGCGCCGAUAGUAUUGAAGAAGCAGCCCUGGCAAAACCAGGUGCUUUACCACAACCCUAGAACUAACAUGGGUAUAUACGACUUGAGAGGAAUCUCAGUGAGUAACAUAAACUCCGUAAAACCAAGAGAUAGGCCGCAAAACUUAUACAAAUUAGAAGAUAUCCAUAUCCCCGGUCAGGUGGGGCAUGUGGCGCAAGUGAGCCAGGUGAAGCCUCUUCCCGUACCCAAUUACUACCCCUAUCUCACUAAGUUCAUCCCCGCGCAGAGCCAGUACGAAAACAAUCCCCAGCAUUCAUAUAGCUAUGGACAUAGGAAUGCAUGGCCACCUCGCGACGAGCAUGAUCAUCACGAUUCCCAUUUAGAAGCGUCCAUGCGAGGAUACUAUACAUUCACGGGCGCCGACGGCAAGCAGCGCACUGUGCACUACACUGAUCGUAAUCGCGCACACUGAUCUGUAAAAAUGGAUAGGCGAAUGUUUGGAAAUAACAGCUCUUGCAUAGUUCCAAAUUAAACGCGCCUUUUGAUGUUAAUCUAAUACUAUUAAUUGUUCGAAAACUCUUUACAGCGACGAACCGCAACCAUAACAUAGAGAAAUUUUUAGAGAUCAGUCAACCUUGUCAAAUCUAGCAACGCCAUCUAGUGACAACAAUUGCAAUAACCAAAAAAGCAACCAAAAUAAUUAUUACCAAUUUCUUCUGAAAUAUAUUAAAAAUUCAAAGUAAUAAAAUGCAAUCAACAUUGUCGUUAAUCGUAUCAGAAUAGCUUAAUGAUUUAGUACGGUAGUAAAUGUUUUUUAAAAAUGUAAUGAGAGUACAUAAGAGACAAUUUGUAAAUAAAUUGAAAAUUUUGUUUUUAAUAAUUUUUGAUAUCAAUUCGGUCACCGUUUUCAUUUAAUAUAAUCUUGCCAUACUUGUUAAUUUAUUUAAAAACAUAUUGUAGGUGUUUUCUUUUGUUUGAAUAAAGCCUAUUAUUGAUUAUG